AUGGAGAUCAAUCCCUUGCAGCAACAGAUUGCGGCUAUGAAGCAGUCCCUCCUUGCUGAGGAAAUCCUUGACUACGAGUUCCUUCGAUUGGAGCGGUUGGCGGAUAAAGACACCCCCAACAUUGUCGAGGAAAUUUUCACCUUGUAUUUCAGUGACUCACCUAAGGUGAUAGCUUCCCUAGAACAAGCAUUGGAGGAACUUCACUUCGAUUAUGCUACAGUAGACAGGUACCUUCAUCGGCUCAAAGGCAGCAGCAUGACCAUUGGGGCUAACAAGGUGGCGAUACAAACCAAUCAAGCAUUGGAGUGCUGCAACAAAGGUGACAUGGAAGGGUGUAAGGCUGCAGUUGGAAGAAUAAAGCAAGAGCAUAACACUCUCAAAAAUAGACUCCAACCUUAUUUUCAGCUGAUAGGACAAGCUAGAGUUGCCAAAACAGCUGACCGGCCCAAGUGA